UCCCUCCCUCACUAACUAGAGUUAUUCCCCCUCGAUCUAAAACAGAGCACGAAAGAGAGAACAGGGGCGACCUGAGUUUACCUCCAAAACGACACAGCAAUGGCAAAGAGACUUGACAUCGUUUUUCUUGCAGUAAUAGCUGUUGCAGCUUUGCUGCAAAGCUCUGUGGCACAGACUUCCCAUACGGUGGGUGAUGCCUUGGGCUGGACCAUUCCUCCUAAUGGCGCCUCAGAUUACAUCAACUGGGCUACCGGCAAGACCUUCGCCGUUGGCGACAUUCUUGUCUUUACCUAUACAACUGGCCACGAUGUAGCCAGAGUGACCAAGGCAGCUUUUGAUGCCUGCAAUGGCACUAGUCCCAUUUCCCUUAAAACGGACGGUCCCGUGAAUGAGAAUCUCAACGAGGCUGGGGAGCAUUACUACAUCUGCACCGUUUCUACCCAUUGCAGCCUUGGUCAGAAGUUGGCAAUUAAUGUCUCUGCAGCUACUUCCCCGGCUCCUCAACCCAGCACUCCUCCACCUGCAACCACUCCAACAGCACCAACUCCGUCUGCUGCUGCUCCACAGCCUAGCAGUCCUUCACCAUCGCCUUCCAGCGCCACCCCUCCAACCUCCGUCGUACCUGCUCCUUCCCCCACUGCCACGCCUCCAUCCCCCACAGCAUCUCCUCCAUCCCCCACCACCUCUCCUCCAUCCCCGCCCGCCACCCCACCAUCCUCCAGCGCCACUCCGCCCACCAGCCCUUCAACGCCGUCUCCUACAGGUGAUGCUUUUCCACCUCCACCUCCACCUCCAAACUCUGCUACAUCGCUCGGGUUGGGUGGCAGCUUAUCUGCCGGCUUCUUGUCCAUCGUCUUAGCCUUCUUGCAUUAGACGUGAUUCUGGAGAAUCACUGCGUAGCAUUUUACAUAUGUGAUUGUAGGUAUACGGAUUGAGAUUUUUUUUUUGGGUUCAAUUUCUGAUCAUAAUAAAGCUGUUUUUCAUAUUUUAGUGGUAGUUGAGUUUGAUGUUGAUUGAUGUUUACUGCAAUUGGAAAUUAGUUGGUGUAUGAGCUCAAAUUUUCAACGCCCA